GUCUGUUGUGUUAAUAUAGUGCUCAAUUAUGGAUGGCUGGAUGUUAUCAUCUACCCAGGAGCCAUGUUUUACUUGGACCACCAUAGCCUCCCUCACAGUCACUCGCCAUCUCUGUUGUUAUAUCUAUCUAUAUCUAUGAUCAUCACUCUCUCCAUUCAUAUCAUUGCCAUUUAAAAAAACAAAAAGUCUUCAUACAUAUCAUCAUCAAGUUUCUCAGACAAAACAUCAAACACUUAGUAGGUGGAAAUGGAGGGUACUAUCCAGUGCACAGCCAACUACGUUCCUCUCACUCCGAUCACCUUCUUGGAACGUUCCGCCAUAGUUUACCGUCACAACAUCUCUAUCAUCUACAACGAUGUCACCUUCACAUGGUCUCAGACUCAUCAACGAUGCAUCAAACUCGCUUCUUCCAUUUCUCAACUCGGUGUUUCUCCUCGUGAUGUGGUUGCUGUGUUGGCUCCAAAUAUUCCAGCCAUGUAUGAGUUGCAUUUUGCUGUUCCAAUGUCAGGGGCUGUUCUAUGUACGCUGAAUACUCGUCACGAUUCAUCGAUGGUUUCGUUAUUGUUAAAGCAUUCCGACGCCAAGAUCCUAUUUGUAGAUCAUGAAUUACUUGAUAUUGCUAAGGGAGCACUUCAAAUCCUGUCAGAAUCAACAAACAAGCUUCCAAUUUUGGUCUUAAUUUUGGAGUGUGAUGCUCAUUCAUCAUCACACAACAACAGUUCAAUGUCUCCGGGAACAUUGAUAUACGAGAAUCUUGUAUCUGAUGGGAGACUUGAAUUUGAAGUGAAAAGACCGAAAGACGAAUGGGAUCCAAUUUCGCUUAAUUACACUUCUGGGACAACAUCAAGUCCCAAAGGUGUAAUAUAUAGCCACAGAGGUGCAUAUCUGAAUGCUCUAUCUACACUUCUUCUCAAUGAGAUCACAUCUAUGCCGGUGUAUUUAUGGUGUGUUCCCAUGUUUCAUUGCAACGGAUGGUGUCUCCCUUGGAGUAUUGCUGCUCAAGGUGGUACCAAUGUUUGCCAAAGAAGUGUAACAGCUAAAGGAAUAUUUGAUAAUAUUUAUAAGCACAAAGUUACGCACAUGGGAGGUGCACCAACAGUUCUGAACAUGUUGAUAAAUUCGCCACCUGAAAUCAGAAAGCCACUUCCAGGGAAGGUGGCAGUGAUGACAGGAGGUGCUCCACCACCACCGGCUGUGUUUUUUAGGAUGGAAGAACUAGGAUUUGAUGUAACUCAUUCGUAUGGCUUGACAGAAACUUAUGGCCCUGGAUCAAUUUGCACAAAGAAGCCAGAAUGGGGUAGUUUGUCUCAAGAUGAGCAGGCGAAGUUGAAGGCGCUUCAAGGAGUACAGCAUGUUGGAAUGGAAGGACUUGACAUAAAGGAUCCUGUAACAAUGAAGAGUGUACCGGCCGAUGCGAAAACCAUGGGUGAGGUGAUGUUUAGGGGAAACACUGUGAUGAGUGGAUAUCUAAAGGAUUUGAAAGCAACAGAAGAUGCGUUUAAAGGUGGAUGGUUUAGGACCGGUGACUUGGGAGUAAAGCAUUCUAACGGUUAUAUUGAACUUAAGGAUCGGUCGAAGGAUAUUAUCAUCUCCGGGGGAGAAAACAUUAGCACAAUUGAGUUGGAAGGUGUGAUUUAUAGUCAUCCAGCAGUUGUUGAGGCUGCUGUUGUUGGAAGACCUGAUGAAUAUUGGGGAGAGACGCCUUGUGCAUUUGUGAAGUUGAAGGAAGGGUACAAUGCUACGGAAGAAGAGAUAAUACAAUUUUGUCAAAAGCGCUUGCCUCGUUUUAUGGCUCCAAAAACUGUCGUGUUUGCUGAUUUGCCAAAGACAUCAACCGGCAAGACACAGAAAUAUAUUUUGAAAGAGAAGGCAAAGGCUAUGGGAAGUUUGUCUAAGAAAAAGAACACUAGCCGAUUGUAAUGCAUUUCUAAUGAAUAGAAAAUUGAAUGUAAUAGUAAUAUUCUUCGAUGUCAUGUGAUUUUUUUUAUAGCAGAAAACGAUGUCAUGUGAUUAUUCAUAUGUAAGAUUGAUUUUUCGAUUAAAGAAAACUUCAAUUGUACUGACUUGAACUUCUUUCUUUUCUCUAGUGAGUUCAACUUGUAGAACACUGUUGAAUAAUAAACAAACUGUUAUUCUCUGGUAGCCCUGCUAAAGAAAUGGACUAGACUGCUAAAUUGAUCUUUCAAUGCA